AUGCGAGUAAUUGCUUCAAAUACGUUGGAUAUAUAUAAAAUAAAAUUUUUACUUGGCUCUAUUCAUAUCUCGUGUAUAAUAUCUUCUAGUCAAUAUAUAAUAUCUUCUAUGACCGGCAAACUAUAUGCUCACGAGUUUAUCAACGCGAGACGUAGGAUAGUACAACCUAUGAUAGAUCAGUCUAAUAGAGCAGUGUUCCCUCACGCGGGGCCCAGCGGCGCGUACAGUCCCGAGGCGACCAUGGGCUACAUGAUGGACGGACAGCAGAUGAUGCACAGGCCCCCCACGGACCCUGCCUUCCACCAGGGCUACGCGCACUACCCUGCCGAAUACUAUGGACAUCAUCUU